UAGAACCAAGUAUGCAAGUGCAUACAGCCACCUUCGUCGCUUCUUCCUUGUCGGGCAUUGCCCUUUUGUGCUCUCUUCUGGCUCUCGGCCAGAUUUUCAAUAAUGUUCAAGACUAUUGGACUGAGCUUGACACUGAGAUUACAAGCUUCAGACAAGAAACCGACGCAAUGUGGAAGGAUUUGGUUCAAAUUGGCACCAACGCCGCCACCAACCGACGUGGACGUCGUGACUCUGGAUACUCUGAGGGAGGAUAUGCCGCUUCUGGAAACACCGGUGGAAGCUAUCACCCAGGAGCCGCUCCAGCUCAUGACUUUGGAGCACAGGCUCCAGCUGGACCAGCUCCAACAGGAGGAUCUUGCCAGUGUCAAUCAGCUGCUGAGAACAAGUGCCACGCUGGACCACCAGGACCAAAGGGAUCUCCAGGAUCUCCGGGACCAAACGGAGUGCCAGGAGUCGACGGAAAGCCAGGACACGAUUCUUUGGACGUCACCCCAGAACCACAAGACACUGGACUCUGCUACUAUUGCCCAGGUGGACCACCAGGAGCUCCAGGGCCAAACGGAAGACCAGGACUUCGUGGAAUGAAGGGAGCCGAUGGAGGACUCGGUCGCACCGGACACGAUGGAAAUCCAGGACAUCCAGGAGAGAUGGGAGCUCCAGGACCACAAGGAAAGCAAGGACCAGAUGGUCGCCAAGGAGAGAAGGGAGCCGACGGACGCAAGCCAAUCGGACGUCCAGGACCAAAGGGACAACGUGGACCACAAGGAGAACAAGGACCAGUCGGAGACAACGGAAGAAACGGACCAGUUGGAGGAGCUGGACCAGCUGGACCACAAGGAGGAUCCGGAGGACCAGGAGAGAAGGGACUCGAUGGAGGACCAGGAUCCGAAGGAAAGGUCGGAAGACCAGGAAAGGAUGCCGAAUACUGCCCAUGCCCAGCUCGUGAAUCCCACGGUGGAACCGGAGGACGCGGAGGAUCAGGUGGAGCAGGCGACCACUACCAAAAAGCUUAAAUUCUCAAAAUUUGAAUUUUUCAAUAAAAAUUAUUCACA